AUGUCUUCAGAUUACACUGAUCAGUACCCCUCCGGUCAUGGCUAUCAGCAGCCAGAUCCAGGCUCGUCCUGGACUGGUGGUAACGCUGAAUAUGACGGGGGACCUAACGACAACGAUGAUGUCGGCCCAGACACUGCUACCGGGGGAUGGGCAAACGCGGCUGGCUUGAAUCAUCGCUUAUGGCCCGAGGACAGGUCCUUCCUCUAUGUAUGCUUCCUGAACGGUCAUUCAUCCGACAAGGACAAGGUCAAGUCCCUCAUCGAGGAGCACUACAACACCCUUCGUAUGCGGAUCAGAUUCGUCUUCCUCGAGGAUGACGACCCCAGAGCCUCCGACAUCCGCGUUUCAUUCAUCUCUCACGGUGUCUCGAGCUCGUGUAUUGGCACUGACGCUGAGCUACACCCAUAUGAAUCGACCAUGACGUUGAACAUGCAUCACAACGACCAGCGAAGCGCGGAGGAUCGGCGAAAGCGCAGGCAAUCUGAUGUCUUGCAUGAAUUUGGCCACGCUCUAGGCAUGGAGCAUGAGCAUGCUCAUCCCGACUGUCCGAUCAAGUGGAACUAUAGAAUAGUUCAGGGCAGGAGGGGAUGGGAUGCUCAAAAAGUCACACACAACUAUCGCAAGCUGGAUAAGGCUUCCACGACAAUACGCAAUGCUUACGAUCCCAAGUCCAUCAUGCAUUACCCAGUGGAACGAGGAGACGCCCAAGGCGGGAUAGUGGUCCCUAUGAAUGCUGAGCUUUCCGAUGGAGACAAGGAGUUCUUGAUCUGGAUUUAUCCCAUGCCCGAGCCCCGCAGCUCAAGCUUAAGGCAGAGCAGAAAGUUAUCAUCCAGCAAGAGAAGCUCAAGGAAACACCACAAGGGACGCCGAGGCGACGAGCAAGGCCAGGAGGUGAUGUACCGACAAGAGGACCCGUCCAUUACGGAGAGCAAAGGUGUCGACCCUAGGGUCUACGAGCAUGCAUAUUACCAGCCAUAUGGGUACAGCGCUGCUGAUGCUGGAGACUAUACCCAUGAUGACGCCGGUACGGGGGGCAGUGAUGAUCAGCCCUUGGCGGCUGCUGGAUAUGAUUAUCAGUUGUACAAUGGCGAGGCUGGUCCUAGCCAGUGGCAGGGGCCAUACGCGCAGUGA